UCUAUUUGUAUCCUCCCUUCCUAUCCAUUUCUGCUAGUUGUAUUUUCUCUCGAUAUCGAUCAGUGUCUGAUAUACAAGACUUAUUUCGAGCUCAUCUGUUGGUUGUGCUGGGAGUUAAGUUGUUAUACGCCCUCAUGUGCCUGGCUUGCUACAAUCCAAUCUACUUUUCCACUAUUAAACCUUUCUGUGAACGGGGGAGAUCAUUUAUUUCAAUGUCACACGAGACAUUUCUCUGCAAUACUGCUUCACAUGUUUUGAUUUUAUCCACAUUGUAUUUUAUCUGAAGGAAAAGGAAUACACGAUGAUGGAAUUGAAGGCUUUGAUUUUUCCUUGGCUCCUUGUUGAUAUCAAGCUUUUCGUCUUUUUUGUUGUCCUGUUAAACGUGAAUCUAUCUGUUUCUAGAUCUCUACCACCGGAUGAGCCUAUUAACAUUGCUAUUAUGUUACCGAGGUAUCCUUUACCGUCUACCCGAGGUUCGAAGCCCUGGUUGGUCGCUGGAAGACAUUACCCUUAUCACCUUCAGAUGGUGGUGCCAGCUAUGCGUAUUGCUCUGGAAAAAGUCAAGAAUACGACACUCGUCGUUCCUAAUAACAUAAGCUUGAUUGUCGACGAUACUGAAUGCUGGUUGAACACUGCCCAAUUCGCCGCUAUUGAUAUGAUGUAUAUCCACAAAGUGAUGGCCUUCUUUGGACCGGUGUGCGAGUACGCCUUGGCCCCGGUUGGUAGAUUCUCGACCAGAUGGAAUCUACCCCUCAUCACAGCUGGAGGGCAAGCAUCAGGUUAUGAUGACUUUGACCAGUAUAAACUGAUCACCAACCUAAAGCCACCACACCGUAAACUUGCCCACUUCGUGGCCGCCCUAUGGAAGAUCUAUGAGUGGAAGAGAGGGGUAAUAGUCUUCCACGACGGUGACGCCCACAUCAAGGAUGAAGUCUUUAUGGCUGGUGGUGUGUAUGACAUGUUGGAGAAGGCCAGUGGGGGAGGGUACGGGUUGAACUUGACGUUUCAACCUUUUAAUGAAUUCGACUACAGUGAUGAGAGAUACGUCGAACUGUUAGAGAGGGAUGUGACGCCUUAUACCCGCGGUGAGUAUAGUAAUCGAUAUGUUCUGUCUGACCGGUUACUAAGUAUAAAGCCGUCGUAGACCACACUUUAUCAAUCCUCUCUUCUUUGGCAACAGUUAUGAUAACAUGUUGAUGCGAAACAUUACAAAAUAUGACAAAUUACAUUCCGUUGUUUACGUUUCUGUGUCUCGUGUUUCAAUUAGCCAUAUUCUACCGCAAUGACACCCGAUAUUCUUGGCGUCAUGGAUAAUACGAUAUGGGAUAUGAGUUCUUUAUUAACGCGUACUCUGGAAAAUAAACAGCGCGGGAAAUAUACCCAUACCUUCUCAAUCUUGCAAAAAUACAUUGAGUGAAAAACGCUGUGAAACCUUUUCUUGUGUCCACAAACCCUAAUAUUGCGUCCGUAUAGCUGGAGGAAACAAUAAUAUAAAAAAGUCAGAGAAACUCAAUCAUCUCGAUUACUACGAAUCCUUUCGAGAAAUCUAGCAUCGGAGUAAAGGCUCGUUUUUAAUGAAUAUAAAUGAAGUCGUUUGGGUAUUACCAUGAUGAAUAUUUCAAGUAUAUCCGCAAUCAUGGGAGACUAACGAAAAACAUUAUUUCCAUAACCACAUCCAUAAUAUUCUUUCUUUCCAUCGUCACAUUAGAUGAUGCUCAUCAAUUCCAAGAAAUAAAAAAAUAGGCCAAUAUAUUUUGAUUCUGAUCACUAUCAAUUCGUUUUGCUACAUGAGUAUUUUAUCUCUACUUUGUUGUACCAAGAAUGUAUAAUCUCCCUCUCUUUCUCUCUCGUUAUUUGAGGUUCAUUCCAAUUCCUUUUUUCUAUCUCUAUCUGAAAAACGGGCACAUUUUAUACGGUGCGAUCCUGCUGAGAUUCUCUACGAUGCUUUGCGAUAACCUACGACGUAGCUCGUAAUUAAAGUAAAAUGAAAUUAUCUAAAAUCUCCAUGCCCGACACAACUUUGCUGCAAGAAUUCCCGGAUAUUUACGAAACUCUGCAGAGAAAAUAAGGCUACAAACACAUGCCAGUUGGUCCCCAAGCCCAAGACGUCAAAAAUCAUAUCUGAUUAAGAAAUUCCCUUCAAAAAAAAAAA